AUGCUGUGCGCAAUCUCUGGAGAAGCUCCCCAGGAGCCCGUCGCCUCCAAGAAGUCGGGCAUCAUCUUCGAGAAAAGAUUGAUCGAGAAGUACAUUGAGGAAAACGGCACCGAACCCGGAACCGGCGAAGCCCUCACGAAUGAUGACCUCCUGCCUCUUACUCAGUCGCGCAUUGUUCGACCUAGACCCCCGACGCUCACCUCGAUCCCGGCCCUGCUUGCGACUUUCCAAAACGAGUGGGAUGCCCUCGCCCUUGAGACGUUCAACUUGAAGGAGCAGCUUUCCAGAACACGGGAAGAGCUUGCAACGGCUCUAUACCAGCAUGAUGCCGCUGUCCGUGUUAUUGCGCGACUGUCAAAGGAGCGAGACGAGGCCAGAGACGCACUUUCCAAAAUCAGCGUCACUGCUGGAGCUACAAAUGGAGAUGCAAUGGCCAUCGACUCGGCCGAGGGCCUUCCCGAGGAGUGGGUUGAAAAAGUCAAUGCAAAGCAGCAAGAACUUUCCAAGGGUCGCCCGAAGCGCCCAGUCCCAGGAGAUUGGGCCACCUCCGAAGAUAUUGCCUCGCUAGCCACCGUGGCUUCGACAGCAGUACCGGUUUCCAACGCCUCCUCUCUUGCGCUCGAAGGAGGCUAUGCGGCGGUGGGCGGUCGGGGGGGAGAAGCCGCGAUAUACUCGCUUGAGGCUGACCAAGUGGAGCGCCAAGUUGCAGUCAACGAGCCGGUAAUUGACUCCCUGUGGACGGGUAGUAGGCUGGUUUUCGCUACGAGCAAGGGAUCAGUCAAGGUCUUUGAGGGUGGCAGCGAGGUUGCGUCGUUUUCCGAGCACGCGGGACCUGCCACGUCCUUGAGCAUUCACCCGACUGGUGACCUGCUCGCGUCCGUCGGUUCUGACAAGAGCAUCGUGUUCUACGACCUCAAUGCCCUGAAGAGGGUUGGCCGCGCUUAUGCCGAUGCUGCCUUGACAUCUUCGGCCUUCCACCCCGACGGCCACCUCUUUGCGGCUGGCACAACCACGGGCGACAUCAAACUAUUCAUGACGACCAGUUUGGAGAUCGCACUCGUUUUUAAUCUUGGGGCGCCCAUUGAGGCUCUGGCCUUCUCAGAAAACGGAUUCUGGCUUGCGGCAACCGCCAAGGGCCAAAGUUCGGUCGCCAUCUUCGACCUGCGCAAGGAAGCCAUAGUCAAGACUCUCGAGACCGGGGGGCCAGUCCAGUCUCUGGCCUGGGACUACACCGGGCAAUACCUUGCCACUGCGGGUUCUGGCGGCAUCACGGUGCAGCAGUACACCAAGCGCUCCAAGUCAUGGACGGAGCCCCUUAGGACUUCGGUUGCGGCGCUGUCGGUUCAGUGGGGUGCUGGUGCCAAGCAGUUGGUUUCUGUCAACGAGGAAGGAGUUGUAUCAGUGUUCGGAGUCAAGCAAGAAUAA